CUUUAAAUUACCAAAAGUAAUUAAUCACUAUCACUUUUUAUGUCACUUAAUGAUUGCAAUAUAUGGGAAUGAUGGUAUUGGAGUAAGUGGGGUUAUACAUGUACUGCGCGACGCACAUUAAAAUCAACUUAAUGAGAUAAAAACGGAAAUAAAUGAAUAUAAGAUAAGGAAAUAAGGAAAUAAAACAUUAAAAAUACCUUUUUUGAGUAUCAUAAUUAUCAAAAGGAAAUGCUGCAUUCCAAUAUAAUGACGAUAUAGUGUCAAUGAUUAGACAAAAAAAACUCUGAGCCAACUCCAACAGCCAUUUUGAUUUUGCCAUUCAGUAAAGAUGGCCGUCCAAGACACACGGGUAUUUCUAUUAUUUUUAACAUAAUUUACCCAAUUAGGUUUCAACAUUGUGAGUCAAGUGAUUAUUUUGUGUAAGUGUAAUAAAGAAAACUUGUAAAUCAUAUAAUUUAUAAAUAUUAUUAUUGAAACAUUUUUUUCUUAAAUAUCCUUACAAAACUAUCUCGCGUGUGACAUCUAACCUUCAAUUUAUUUCAAAGUUGUGCUCAUUAAUUGUUUUUUCGCUGCAUAAUUUUGAAUGAACUUUAAAACAAGAAAAGUAACCUACGCUAAUUUAAUUUAAUGAAUAAAUCAUUGUGAAUCUUAUUUUUGUUAUGACUUACGUAUCAGUAUUUCAUUCACAUAAUAUCUUUUCAACGUUCUAUUUACUAUUGUAUCUCGCCGAAGUAUGAUCAAUUGCUAGUGGUAUUAAAGGAUAUAAUAGCCAUUAUUUAACAAUAUCAAGUAAGAAUAUUAAUAUUUAAUAUGUCGUAUUUCAACCAUGCAUUUGCAUGUGCAUCAUUAUCUUCCUUACGACAUCAGAUGCAUACUUUUAAUAAUCAUAAAAAUAAAACUGGACGAAAUGCUGCAGUUUACACAUUUUUUAAUGGGUGCAUGUAGAUAAAAUUGGCUUUUUAUCCUAGUGACAUUGUCUCCAGGAUGUUGGAUAACUAAAAACAACUUCAAAUACUGGAGGAUAAGUUUAAAAAGAUUUUUUAAAACUUUGGAUUAAUUAAAGAUACUUUAAAUUAUGUUGACAAUACUUAAUGUAUCCAUAUUAUAUACUCAGAGAGUAAUAGUUUAUUGAAAAACACAAAAAAUCAUUAAAAAUGAUGGAUGACAGACGAGUUGCUGAUUAUUUUGUGGUGGCUGGUUUGCCAGGCCAAAAUGAAGACUCAGAUAAAGAAAAUGAGUCAGAAAAGCUGGAAGAUUGGUGUCAAGAAGGAACUCAUCUUAAGGAUAUGAAUAUGCAAGCACCUAUCACGGAUUUGGCUGUUAUUUUUCCUGCUCUAGGUGAAACAUGUCCUGAAGGUUAUACGCUUUUAGAAUAUACAGUGUCUGGGUUUCCAGCUGAUCUUAAUCAUGGAAGUUUGAGAACCAAUGAAUGUUAUUUAUGUUACCGAAGAGGUAGAGAUAAACCACCACUUGUUGAUAUUGGUAUUAUUUAUGAUGGCAAAGAACGAAUAAUGGAGGAUGCUAAAAUGAUUACAGAAACACCGACUGGUUAUGUUGCAAAUGUAAAUAACUCUACAUCAAAAAUAUUUGUAACAUAUAGACGAGCAAGUCGUAAAAUGCCUUGCAAUUCUUUGGUAGUAACUGAUAUCUGUGUUAUUUUAACAAAUAAAGGUGAAACAGCACCUCAAGCAUUUUGUACAAUUCACAAAAACUUGAACAAAGGAAUGCUUGGAAGUGACGUUUAUUUAUGCUACAAAAAAUCCAUGAAUCGAGCUAAUUUAAUUUCAUUCAAGCCUGCGAUUCUUUAUAAAUAUCCUAUGACAGACUAUAAUAGUUUUGGAUUUCCUAAUUCAGUUGCCAUGUUUUGUUUACCAAUGGGUGCAUCAAUUGAGUGUUGGCCAAAGGUUGCUUGUAAACCCAAGCCAGUGUUUUCAACAUUUGUUCUUACAGUAGCUGAUGCUGCUCAAAAAAUUUAUGGCUCGGCCAUAACUUUUUAUGAAGAAGUUAUACCGGAAUUUAGUACCAUGAAAAACAACGAACAUAUUGAAUUGGAGAAAGCUAAUAAUAGCAUAGAAGUAGGAGAAAAUAUUUCUGAGAAUAAACCGCAAGUUAAGAUGAAAGUAUUUAAAAAAUUUGGAGUACUAAAAAGACUUAAUUUAGCUCAGUUAGAAAAACUACAAUAUAUAGAUCCGGAAACUCAAUCAUUGAACAUUAGCAAAUCAAUUUGUAUUUUAUCACAUUGGCCAUUUUUUGAUACAUUUGAUAAGUUUCUCGGUUUUUUACAUAGUAUGGUAAAUGGACAGCCACAGAGCAUACCUAUUGAAAAAUAUAUAUCUUACUUUCUCUGUGACAUACCUUUUCCAAGUCCACAAAGGCCAAGGAUUCUUGUGCAACUGAGCAGCACAGACAGGUUAAUACUCACACAACCGGAAGAUUUAGCAUUACCUCGGUCUGGAGCCAGUUUUCGACAAUUACUUGUUAACCUUGGACCAGAAAAUUGUAUGUUAAUUUUAUUGUUGAUAUUAACAGAGCAAAAAAUACUUGUUCAUUCACUGAGGCCUGAUGUAUUAACGUCAGUAAGUGAAGCUAUUGCCAUGAUAUUAUUUCCUUUUAAAUGGCAAUGUCCUUAUAUACCACUGUGUCCUCUUGGAUUAGCAGAAGUUUUACACGCACCAUUACCUUUUCUUAUUGGAGUAGAUUCACGUUUUUUUGAUCUUUAUGACCCACCGUCCGAUGUUAAUUGUGUCAAUUUGGAUACCAAUAACAUCAUUUUAUGUGAAGAUAAAAAAUAUUUAAAUAUUAAAUUGCUACCUAAAAAACCAGCGAGAUUGUUAAAGAGUGAUUUAGAACAUAUAUAUAUGAAACUUAGCAAUCAAGGAAAAAUUUAUCCACAAAGAGAAAAAAAUGAUGAAGACUUCAGUGUUGAUAAAGAGUUUCAACAAAAACGCAAAGAGCAAGCAUUAGAUCUCGAAAUACAAGAUAGUUUUUUAAAGUUCAUGGCGAUGAUUUUAAAAGGAUAUCGUGGCUAUCUUUUGCCUAUUACAAAAGCUCCAACUGUUGGUUCGACGGAUCCUACUAGUCUGUUUAACAUCCAAGCCUUCUUGCGAAGCCGAGAUAAAGCACAUGCCAAGUUUUAUAACAUGCUUGUCAGAACACAGAUGUUUAUUCGUUUUAUUGAAGAGAGAAGCUUUGUGUCCGAUAUGGAUAUGGCUGGCUUAGCAUUUUUUGAUGAAUGUACAGAACGUGUUGAGGAAGAAAAUGUUACUUUUUUGGAGCUAGAUGAAUCUCAACAUAGUGAACGUACUGUUUUUAUCCCACCACCUGAUCCAGGGCCUAAUCAACCUCCGGUCGUGUACAAAACUUUCAAAUUGAAUCCUGAUUUAAUGCGACCCCAAAAAAAUUUUGGUUUUAAAAAUCCAGCUCUCAGUGCUUUUGGUAUUACUCCGGGGAGUCCAAUGGCCCGAAGGACGAAGCAGGAAAUUAAAGUUGCACAGAGAAUGGCGAGAAAACAGGCUGCACUCCCAGAACGAUGGGGCAGAUGUUUGUUAGGAACAUGUAAUAGUUUAUGGUUUCUUCAUUUACCUGCAAUGCUCCAAGUAUCAAGCCAACCAGCUGCCAUUCUUCAUCAAGCCUAUGAACUACUAGUAAAAAUGCAGAAAUUACGUUUAGAUCCUAUGGAGGAGGUAUGUUAUAGAGCUAUGAUGCAACUUUGUGGUGUUUAUGGUCAGCCUGUUUUAGCAGUAAAGCUGUUAUUUCACAUGAAACGUAGUGGAGUACAACCCAAUGCACUCACUUAUGGAUUCUAUAACAAGGCCGUCCUCGAAGCCACAUGGCCUUCUGAUAUGACAAAUUCAAGUCAGUUGAUGUGGAAUAAAUUACGAAAUGUCAUCGUUGGCGCUGCUCUAUUUAAAAAAGCUGGAAAGAAAAGUGCAAGACGAAGAUUAAGUUCCAAUCCAGAAGUUCUUGGUAUGGAGGGAUUAAAAAUUCAGGGAAUGGACCACUUGGCUACAUCCAGAUCUAGUCUCGAUAGCACACAUUCUCAUGAUACUGAAAACGUAAAUAAUGACAUGGCAUUGAAAGGCAGUUCAGUUCCUGAUUUACCAGGUUUUGGCUUCAUUGAUAUGAAAGUUAAGUCGAUGUUUCUUCGACAGGACAGUAUUGUCAAAGAUGGAGGAAUUUUAUGUGCAUCACAGCCAGAAGUACUGGAUGAUUCACCUACGGACAGUAGGUCAAUACAUAGUCCAGAAUCUCCACUCAAAAGUCCCAUUAGAACUCCAGUUACCGAGAAUGAUCCGUUGGGAGCUUUGGUGAAUGAUGAAACUCCCAUAGUAUCACCAUCAGAAGAGAAUGAUUCAAAUUGUUCAACGAGUACUUUAACUGUUGUUAAUAAUACAUUGGGCGACCGACCUGGUGGACCUGUUCUAUUUCGCAGCAACAAUGUAAAUACCAUACCCCGUAGCGCUACGUUUCACCAAGCUGUUGAUGAAACUGGUGCGACAGUUAGCGGUCAGUUGCAAAGAAGUGAAACGAUGCCACAUUCAGUUGCCCAACAGGGUGAACAGGAGAGAGAACGUGAGAGACUGGAAAUUGGUGGUGGCCUCUGGUCCAAUAAAGAUAGCGUUACAUCUAGCCUGUCUAGUUUAGGCUCUAGCCUUAAGCUCAGCUUCGGACGAUACUCAACUGGAGGUCUGACAUUUGUUAAAAAUAAAGAUUUAAUUACACCAAAUGUAUUUAUUGAAUCACUAAGUCUCUCCAAUUAUAUCAGUCCAGCAAGUUUGACAGGGAAAAAAUCUAAUGAGAUAAUUCUUGGAGGAUUAAACAGCCUUAAAUCAGCUGCUACAUCGGUUGCAAAGAAAUUUGAUGAGAUAAAAGAGGCUAUAUCGGCUACCAGUACACCUGUAAAGCUUAAGGAGCGUGAACAACGAUUAGGAUAUGGGCUUUCUCAUGAAUCACUAGAUUCUUUGACAGACGGCUCUCAACAAGAUCGUAAUGAAAUUUCUGCAAGAAUGUCUGGUGAUUCGGGAAUGGAUGUGUUGGGGUCGUUAUGUGAACUUGCAGACUGCAUGUAUCCAAAAGGCUCCCGAGAAUUUGAAGAACGUUUAGCAGUGGAAAUUGUGAUCUCUAGUGCCAGUCGGUGUCAUCACUGUUUAGCAAUACUUUAUGACGAAGAAAUAAUGGCCGGUUGGCAACCGGAAGACUCGAAUUUAAAUACCGUUUGUCAAUUCUGUGACAAGGCUACCGUUCCUCUUCUAACAGUUACCAUUCUUGAUUAUCGAUGUAACGAAGGUGAAAAGAUAGAUGAUCCAUUGACAGGUGCAUUAAUUGAAUUAAUGGAUCAACCGAGAGAAUUACCCGAACCAAUUACAGUACCGUAUUUGAAUCCAUUAGUACUGAGAAAAGAGUUAGAAAAUGUAUUAAGUCAAGAAGGUGACACUUGUCUUACGAAGCACCGAUUUAUUCAAGAGCAUCCUAGUGUUUAUUGGAAUUUAAUCUGGUAUUUUGAAAGAAUAAAUUUGAAUAGUCAUCUUCCAGAACUUUGGCUUCACAAUGAUGAUAUGAAGGAUUUACCGAACGUUUCAAAUUUAGUGGGUGUAAGAACAAUGUGGGACAACGAAAAACUUCAUAUGAACCGUUUGCCAAUGUAUCUUCAAUGGAAACAGAAUUGUCCGGAAGAACGAUCAUUGAUGCAAAGUGUUAUAACAAACGUCCGUCAUAAUAAAUUGACAGAACCAAUAAAAAGAGUGGCCUUAGAGAGAAGUAAAGCUGAAGGGAAAGAAAAUCCGCCAUUUUCUAUCUAUAGGGAUAUUUUGUUUUUAGCUUUUACUGCAUUGGGAAGGACGAAUAUCGAUCAAGGGGUAUUUGACCGGCAAUAUUCAGCGGCGUUGGAAAGCUUAACAGAUAGUGAAGCAACAUUGUUACAAAGAACAGAUGCAGCUCCCUCCUAUAUGACAUUAUAUUGUAGACAUUAUUUUAAGCAGUUAAGUGUAUAAUAAUUUGAAGAAAAGAGCGAGAGAAAGAGAGAACGAGCACAAAGUGAAGAGUGUUUUUUUCUAGACGUGAAGAUGAAACGUAAGUGGCGAUAAAAAUAACAAAUUUUAUUAUAUUCAUGGCAUAAAUGAUUGAACACCAAUGUUACAGAACUUUCUUUCUGAUAUUGUGACAGAGGAACGUUCGUAAAUAUGUUAAAUACAUUGUUUUAAGUAUUAGUUAAUGUGCAAUAGGGUGAAAAAAAUCAAUUAACAAAUUGUACGAUAUAUUUUCGACUAUGUGAAUAUUUGACAAUGAAUUAAUAACCAUUGUCAGUUUUAAGCUUGUUUUUCCCUUCUCUAUAUAAAUAGAUAGACACAUAUGUUUAAAAGUUCAUCUGAAAUCACCGUCCGAAUUUUUAGUAAUGAUACACUAUCAAUUGUGUCAUUUAAAUGUGGGAACAGGGUAAUCAUCAAUAUUAAACACAAAGCAUCGAAUUUUCUUUACUCGAACCCACAGCAAUAAUAACUCGUUUCCGCACGCUUUAUGGUGAUUCAAUAUUUCAAACAAUGUUAAUGUCACAAAGCAUUAUUUCAGUCGAUUCGUAGAAAUAUAUCUGCGGGAUGCAUCAAAGACGUGAUCGACGUGUAAAUAUCCGUUCUUGUAGUAUCCAUUCUACCAUAGUUGAAUGAUUAAAAAUGAAUGGCUGGUCAUUUUUUUCUUACGUGCUGAAAAUUCUUCAUACAAUCCUUUGGAAAUUUUACAAUUAAAAUGACUACCAUGUACAAGAUGAAAUUAUGAAUGAUCACAUUCGACACUUUAAUUGCUACAUGGUCUUGGAGAGUAUUAUAAAUGUACAUGCAUUCAUUAUUAUGUCAAGGCUAAAGAGUAUGGGAUAAUAAAAGACAGUUGCGGUAUAUUUUAUAUAAAAA